ACACGAGAGGGUUCGUGCCGGUCGGGUUGUUUACUAGGUACGUGGCAUGCUUGGGACAUUGAUUGGAUGUUUCGGUGAAUUUUUGGAAUAUUUGCCCGUGAAUGUUUUGAUUUUUGGUCUUACUCGCCUGCUCAACAGGCGCCGCCUGCAAGAUGACGUUCUCUCCAGCCAAUAUCCGGAGCCAGACGUCUCAGGAGGACUGCUCGGGUCCGCCUCCAUCCGAGCCAACCCGCCCGGGGCUGACGCACGCGCUACUACACCGCUGUAACGCCGCUACGGCGCGCUCCGUGGCAGUUGCCCUGGUGCUCUUCUUCAUCUCCUAUCAUGGACUCGUCAGGGUCGUAUAUGGAACGGACUCAUGUGAUUGGUUGUUGGCAAGAGGAGAGUAUCAUGCCGAAGCCUGGCAGCCGUAUGGAUGCAUGGUUCAUACAUACUCUGUGAGGGAUUCGAGAAGAUGUAUGCGCUAUCUUGAGUUCCUGGGACAGAGAAAUCGAAUAGCGUUUGUUGGGGACUCUCGAGUGCGCCAGCUGUAUGCUGCGUUUGUUGGUCAGUUCGGUGAGACAGUUCCCCCACCCGAGGGUGAAGACCGACACAAGGAUAUCGCCUACGAGGAUGCUCAGCUGGGACUUCACGUGCAGUUUUUAUGGAGACCGAUGGCGGAUGAAAAGAUGCGAGGUGAUGUAAUCAAAUGGAGAGAUGCCUCGUCGGACCAACUACCACAGUUGCUAGUCCUUGGAAGUGCCACACAUGCCAUCAAGAACCUCAACGGCUCUGAGCUGGCAGUGAAGGUGUAUGAAAGGAACGUGACGAGGCUUGGAGCAGUGCUGGACCAGCUGGUAGGAGCGGGGACGAGGGUGCUGUGGACGAUACAGGAGCCGGUGUUUUACGAUCGACUGUCCGAGGAGAGGAGGGCCAUCACCAACCAGCAGAUCGACCUGUACAACUGGGCUGCCCGCCGCGCGCUGUCCAGUACCCGCGUCCGGCUGUGGGAGAGCAGCCGCCUGGUGGGCUCUGGCCGACUCUCGGAGAGCAGGGACGGCCUCCACGCCGGUCCCCGAGCUCAGGGCCACACUGUACAGAUACUGAUGAAUCUAUACUGUAAUGACAGGAUGAACUACAACGACGGCACGUGUUGUAACAGUGGGGAGCCUAUGACCGCUCUGCAGAUCGUGACGUUUGUGGGGUUUGGGUGCUGUAUCGCGGCGUCGGCAGCUCUAGCGAUGCUGGCGUGGGUGAGGAAGAGAAGACAGCCGAGGCAGAGGAACGCCGGAAGGGAGGCAGCCACCCCCCAGCCGCCCUCACAGGCCAAGACGCUGGUCACGACGCUGGCGAGGUUGGGGGUCAUCAUGGCGUACUUUUUCCUCUGUGAUCGGACGACGUUCUUCAUGAAGGAGAACCGCUACUUUGCUUCGCUGAACUUCUGGCUCCCGCUAGGGUAUCUAGUGGUGCUGGGACUGUUCUUCAACGAGGAGAGUCGCCACGCAAACAUGCUACACAGAGAUCAAACCGACGAAUGGAAAGGCUGGAUGCAGCUUACGAUACUCGUGUACCAUAUGACCGCGGCCAGUAAGGUGCUGCCGAUCUACAUGCACAUCCGUGUGCUGGUGUCGAGCUAUCUCUUCCUGACUGGGUAUGGACACUUCAUGCUGUUCUGGAAGACGGGCCAGGCCGAUCUGGUGAGGUUCUUCAAGGUGGUGUUUCGAAUGAACAUGUUGACUGUGACGUUGUGUUUCUGUAUGAACCGACCGUACCAGUUCUACUACUUUGUCCCCCUGGUGACGUUCUGGUACGUCAUGCUCUACAUCAUGCUGGUCAUCCCUCCGCGCGUUACCGCCAAGUCCUCCGAAAAUAACCACAUCCAGUAUCUCUACAUGGUCAUCAAGUUUGUCGUCUUCUUUUCCAUCAUAGUGAUUCUCUUCAUGUCUGAGGUCUUCUUCGAGAAGAUCUUCGUCAUGCGUCCGUGGAAGGCCUUGUAUGUCACGGAGGAUGAUGACAUCCAUCAGUGGUGGUUCCGCUGGCAGCUGGACCGCUUCAGCGUCGGGUACGGCAUGGUCUUCGCCUUCUUGUACGUCCUCGCCAGGCGCCACCUCCCUCUAGACGACAACUCUCCCGGAAACCUUCUCUCCGGGAACCUCGCCCUGACGGCGGCGUUCCUAUCCCUGGCAGGACUGGGCGUCUACAGCACGUUCACCUUCAUGUGCUCCAGCAAACCCGACUGCAACCGCGUCCAUCCGUACAUCGUUUUCAUCCCUAUACUGAGCUUCAUCGUUCUCAGAAACAUGGUCGGCCUCUUACGCACGAGAUAUUCGUCUCUGUUUGCCUGGUUUGGGAGGAUUUCUCUGGAGCUCUUCAUUGGACAAUAUCACAUAUGGUUGGCUGCAAAUACUUAUGGUGUCUUAGUGCUGGUGCCCCUAUAUCCUGUCCUCAAUGUGCUCAUCACCACCUUUAUCUUUGUCUGUGUCAGUCUCGAGGUGCACAACAUCACCAACGAACUGGCGCCAGUGUUGGUGCCGUCCGAUUGGAGGCUCUGUGUCAGGAAUUGUGUCAUCUUUAUAUUGAUCCUGGUGCCCAUCGGCGUACAUGACGGCAUGUUCUAGGGACUGGUGGGAAGGCGGUGGAGUGGUGUAGCUGAAGAUUGGAUGGGUUAAGAACUUGGUGAAGGACAUGGUCUCAUGUAGGUACAGUUACACAGCUGGUGUUAUCGGAACUUAAUGGUGGCGAGGACAUGAACAAGACAAAAAUGACAUCAACAUGGCCUGACGAAAGCAGAAAGCAUAACGGUGAAUGGCGAAGACAAUUAUGGAGAAAAGCAGUCUAUCUGACUGUGGUUUUAUGAGGCGCCUGCUUGAAAAGUGGGCGUGCCUUUAGCGGAAUCCAGAGCUACGGCUCAGAGUUUAGGUUACGACAAGGACGACAUAUACCAACUGAGGAUGGCAAUGAAGAAAGGGUGAUGUCAAGGCUUGGUUGUAAUCGCUGGCAGACGUAGUCCAAGACUCAUUCAAGUGAUGGCGGUCUAGGACGUGGGUUAAGCGAUUACGGUUAGCACACCAAGUAUCCAUAGCCUGUCACCUACGCACCAUGCUAGGCAUCGGUCCUCAUUCAAUUGCAAUCUCCCUAAUACCAAGCCUCCUCAAACCUCGACUUUCUCCCAGUUUUCAAGGUUCAUCAGUCUAAAAGGCAGUAACCGCCAAAGGGAUUGGAUUGCUUCGCUGAACUAGGGCAGUGGAGAGGGUUUCACCCGUUUGACGUUGGACCUUUCCCCCACUAUUGUAGUUUGUUGGUUUGACGCCUGGCGCAGUGGUCCACCACUGACGUACUUCUGAUGCUUCAUCUGACGUGUAACUGAUGUCGGAUCACUGAUGUUCCCACCAGGCUAUCAGUGAUGUGUUUCACGCUGCGGAGUCGGUUGUUAUUUAGUUUUAAGUGAUGAACUCGAGAAGCCUGCCCAGCCAGCAAUUCGGUUGGGGAAAGUGCGGGGACAGUGUUGGGGAAAGCUUGGGGAGAACGUACAAUUCCCCUAUCGGAUCGGGGAACGGUCCGUGUUCCCCAUCCAUUCCCCGACUGUAUCGGUAAUAUGUUCAAAAGACAUGGGGAAAUCACACCGAUCCCCGUACGGGGAAAGAGCAGCAUUCCCCAAUCAAACCCCACUGUUGGGGUUCGGUCGGGUAAAAGAUCAGAUUCCCCGUACGGGGAAGGGUGCGUUAUCCCCGACCCAUUUUCAAGAACAGUUUGAUUGGGGAAAAGUAGGGGAACUGUUGAAAUUCCCCGCUCGGGAUUUUACACUUAAUCCCUAGACGAACCCCAACCGCCAGUAGGACGUCAUGAGAUCGACUUCCAGCAUGCAAUAUAACAAGUAUUCAAUAAAGAAAAAUUGAAUCUUGGGAUUUGGGAAUGUUAAAAGCAGUCUUAGUAGCAAUUCUAGAGCUAUAGGCUCAUGCAUCGAUUGAAGGGAGAUAUAGAAAAUAAAAAAUAUAACGAUAUAACGAUUUUUUAUAAUCGUUUUCAUGACAGGUGAUCUGGCGAAUGCAUCAAACAGUGACCAAAUUUGCACAAAAUCUCUUUUACAUAUCUUCAUAUCAUAUACUUGUUUAUUUCAGUGUUUUAAUCGAAAAUAAUGUCUGAUAAUUUUAUCAAAUCGGCACCGUAUCUGGACCAAAUGUCUACCAAUUGUGUACCAGUUACCUAUCAUGAAAACGGUUAUUCGCAGACAUUUGAUUGUAGACAUUGGAUCUAUGUAAUUUUCGACCUAAAAGAGAGGAAAAACCGUCUUGGUUUACGGGGCCUGCUAAGCCGUGUGGAUGAGGACACGCAUACGCCAAUACUUUGAACGAACGUUGUUGCCCUUAUUUCAUGAGGUAAAAUCAACUUUGACAACUUUCAGGAUCUAUGUUUCUUCUCGCACUGCUGUGGCAUAAACAUUACGUUUUCUUUUUUCUGUCAUCACUCAUCGCAUUGAAAUUACAAAAGCAUCAAAAUUUCAACAACACACUGCUUACGACUUAGAAGUGUCGCCUCAACGCAGCGAGGGGAGGGGAGG